GGGGGCAAUGUUGAGUCGAUCUAGAAUGUGGGGUUUCCAUGGAAAUAGGGGAACGCAGACAUCUCUCUCAGCAGACAGUAAGGUGUCAAACAAUCAGCUGUUUUGUGAAGUUUUAGCUAGCCAACAUGGGUAAGAAGUCAUCCGAUGAAGACAAGACUACGUUGGCGGAGGCCUUUAUCAAUUUUCAGCUCCAAGUUAAGAGAAAGGAAAUACAAGAGUGCCAGGAGGAGGUCAGUCAACUCGAGACAAAGAAGCAAAGAUACACAGAAUUGUGUUUUGUGCUCACAGAGGGAGCAGUUGAAAGAGGAGCAGUUGGGGCACAUAAAGGUCUUGCGGAAGCAGGCUAAAGAACAGGAGAGUAAGCUGGAGCAGAGAGAGGUAGUCAACAAAGAGCAGGUGGAACAAGCUCUGCAGCAGAACUUGGAACUAGUCCGCAGCCAGGAGAAAGAACUGGCAGAGCUGCGCGCUGAAGUCAGCCGCCUGGAGGAGGAAGUGCUCGUCUUGCACGCCGAGAGGCACAUCAGGCAGGAGUAUAAGAUGACCGGAAGCCAAGAGCACCAGCAGCAGAUCCAGCACCUGGAGGCUGAGCUGGCUCAGAUGCAGAAGGGGUUUCAGGAGAUGGCAGACAAUAUUCAGCGCUCUCUUGAUGUAACUUUCAAUGAAAUUGACAAGAAGACAGUGCAUCUCAUAGAUGAAAAAAAACAGCUGGCUACAGAGAUGGCCAUCAAACACCUUGACAAGCACAGCCGACAGGAGAUCAAAGAGAAUGAGUGGCUGAAGAGAGAGCUUGCUAUUUACACAAGAGAGGUAUCCAUUACAGCAUUGGCCGUCCAACAACUGGAGGAGGAGAAUCUUGAGCACAUGAGUCAACUGUUUGAGCGUCGCCUGGAGGACCUGCAAAUCUCUAGAAACGUCUUCUUGACUCAGGCGGCAGGACUGGGACCCUCUGACUCCACAGUACAGGAGACCGUUAUGAAGAGUAACGCUCUCAAAUCAGAGAAAAAGUUGUCACAUGCGCCGAAUACAACAGACGGGGUAAGCAGCAGCCCCGUACCUCCCCUCCACCCAGCAACGGAAGCAUGGCGGGCUCAAAAGCAGGCCAAAGAGUUGGAGAGGGAUGAAACAAGCGGCAGAUGCAGCGAGGCAGCCUACAGACCAACAGAGGACCCCCUUCAGGACCUCAGUGUGCUUCUGUACGGCAGCCAGACCUACCUGCAGCAGGGAGACAUGCACCUGGGCCCUCUGGAGAUGAAGCUGCUGACUGUGGUGGGCCAGGCCCUUCCCCUGCACCCUGUGCCAUCCGAGACCCCCGGCUCCGAAGGCUCCUCCUCAGCUCCCGAAGACUGGCCCCUCACUGCCCGCAUCAUCCACAAGAGGUUCAAGUAGCCAGGCCCAAGUACUAAUACACACACUUUUAUAAAUCUAGCAUUGGCCUCAUGUUGGGAUCAGAGACAUGUAUUACCAUUAAACCUGCAAUGAUACUACAAA